CCUUUCACUUGGGAGUGAGCAGCGCGACGGCGGUGAAUCAUAUAAUUGCAUUCAGCAAGCGUAUGAUAUGUCCUCCUGCUGAUUAGCCAAGACCUUGGUUUUUUUCAUAGCAGACUAACUAGUCACCGCAUCAAAAGCGAAAUUUUGACAAGCCCAAAUUGCCUUCAAAAAGCGUGUUACAAGGCGAGACAUUGUGAUUCUUUGUCUUUUUUUAAAUUAUUUUGCUGAAGGUUGUUUAACAAAAUGGACGGUGACUGGGAUAUCGAGAAGUAUAAGAACAAGUUCGAGCCUGAAGAACAAUGGGAAUUGAAGAAGCAAUUCAUGGAAACACACAAAACUCUUUUCUCUGAAGAUCGUGUUGUUUGCCUCGCCCAGGUUCUCGUCAACAUGGAAAUUUUAGGAACAACAUAUCCUCUAGAAACCAUGAGGACUGUUAAUGAAUUAUCGGUAGAUAUUGUUGGAGAGUUCAGAGAAAAACAAAAGACAAGACUUCAGAGAACAUUUGUGGGGGCUGCAGCAGCUGCUAAUGCUAAAUUCAGUCGCAAAUAGACAUGGGAUUUGCUGCAUCAUUUUUUACAGUUCUGAUAAUUCAUAAAUUGAAAUUGACAGCCUAAUUAUUACAAUGCAUCAUCAUUGAUGAAAUCUGAUACACAAAAUGGAUGAAUAUUCUCAAACUUCUUUUAAUUUUUAAAUUUAUAUUUCCAUAAUUUACAUACAAGUAAGCUUACAACAUUGUUUUGGUGAGUAUCUGCUUAGCUUGAAUGAAUAAUCAAUUGUCACGGUGUUACAUCUCUUCUCCUUAAUGCAAUAGCUUCAUCAGGACUUUAAUGAAUUUUGUAGGCUUAAUCUUUUCAGAUUAUACACUUUAUAUUGUGUAAGCCUUGCAGAAUAUUAUCUGUUGAAGUUUGAAUAUUUUUCUCCUUUCAGCUUUAGGUUGCAGGAGUGUAUACUGACUUAAUAGUUAAUUCCUCUACAGUGUUUGAGGUUCAAUAUUAAUUUGAUCAGAUGUUCAUCAAGAAAAACAUUGAAUGUUGAAUGUUAUAACUUAUAAAUGAAUAUCAAAAUAGGACUAGAAGCGCUAGAAGCCCAGAAAUAAAAAUCGCGAAUUGGAGACAGAAUCAUCGGAGAAAAGCAAGCACCAUGAAGCAAGUUGCAACUCCGCAAGCGCUUGAGUCGACGCCAUUCGGAAUUUCUUUCAUGCUCAUUAGUAUCACCUUUGUAGCAGACGCUAGCUUGAUUGAAGUGAACAUCAAUCAAGUCAAAACUCAGACUGCUCGGUAGCAACAAGACUUCUCAAAGUUAUUCUUUAGUUUUAAAAUUGUAUCAAUAUAUGAUAAAAUCAGAAACCUUUUUUACUUUAUGACAAUGGAACGAGAUUGGGAUAUCAGCAGUUAUAGGAAUAAAUAUGAACCAGAUGAGCAAUGGGAAAUGAGAAGAAAGUUUAUGGAGGCAAAUAAGCAUAACCUGCCUGAAGAUCGAGUUGUAUGUCUUGCUCAGGUUUUGGUGAACAUGGAAUUUUUGGGAACAAAAUAUCCUAUUGAAACGAUGAAAACUGUUAAUGAACUGUCACAGGAGAUUAUUGGAGAAUUCAGGGAACGACAGAAGUCAAGGCUGCAGCGGACAUUUGUUGGUGGUACUGAUGCUGCAAGUGCAAAAGCAAAUGGUAAACGACCUGCUAGCACAUUGAAACCUCAAACAGAAAUGAGAAUUGCAGAAUCAAACGCAUCAUAUUUCUUGUCUGCUAUCCUUUCAAGUAGAAGUGCUGUUGUAAAAGAAGAAACCACGUUAAAACAAGAAGAAACUAGCAAAUUGAAUACGUUAACAAUAGCUUCAAACGGAAAUGACAGUAAAACGGAAUCACGCAAAAGAAAAAAGAAAAAAGUAGCUCGUUCUGUUGAAGAAACACACACGGACAACGUUACAUCCAGCAGCGACUGUAUGGUAACGCGGGAUUCUUCGCAAGUUUCUCGUCAAUCAGAGGAAAUUGGUGAACCCACCAGUAGAAAGAAAAAAAUUAAAAACAAGAGUGUUGAAAUUAAAAUGGAAGCGUACCCAAAGCUUUCAAAUUUCGUAAUAAUAAUGCUUAAGAAGGAAAAAACAAGAGUCACACGGAGUGCCUCCGGCGAUACUCUUUCGAAACCAAAUUACCGACAAAUAAUUGAAAAUUCUGCCCGUUUAUCUGCUGUUCAGCUACAAGUCGUAACAAAUUUUUCGAAUAAUCAGAAGAAAUGGGAAACUGUUCUUCUUUUGGAUGGUAGAAAAAUUGCGUCGUCGCUUCACGAAAAUCAGAAAUUGUCUGCAAAAAAUGUCUCUAAACUGGCCUUUACCAAUUUGGAAAAGACCCACUACCAAAUUGUUGUAACUGACACCAAGUGUGUUUCAGUUGGGCACUUCAUGUCGCAAGAAGAAGAUAACAGGCUAACACGAGCUGAAAACAUGUUGAGUACUAAGAUUACAAAAGAAGUUAUGAGAGGGAAAGCAAAUUCAACUCAAGAUUGUUCCACUGACCACGCUUUUGAGAUCUUAUCAAAACGUGAGAAUACCAUCACACAACCAGUUCAGUCUACGUCUGCUAUGAGAAUGAUGAAAUUGAUGGGUUGGACUGAGGGGACCGGGCUUGGACUGCAACAGCAAGGAAUUGUCGAACCGAUAAAAUCUGACGUGGUUGUUGGCAGAAAGGGUAUUGGUUACGACGACGGUUCCAGAAAUGCUGAACCAUUUGCAAAAAGUAUUCGUCGCUACCUACAGAAUUACAAAAACAGCGCUUCAGUCCAUAAUAUUGUAUUUUCCAGUGAGUUUUCCAGUGAAGAGAGGAAGUUUAUUCACGAUGUUGCUCGUAAAAUGGGAAUGCUCUCUUCCAGCAUUGGCAAGGAGCCUAAACGUCAGUUGACUGUCCGUCGCUCCCCCUGUAAACCUCGCCCUUUAAUUGAACUACUUAAUCGACUCAUAGAAUCAAAACUUUCAGAUCCUCUCUUUUCUAGAAUCAAUCUUAUUUCACCAACAGGCUAGCUUCUUGAAUAAUAUUUUUGCUUGUGAAUCCCAAUAAAAUGCGUUGGAUUUCACAUUAAAA